AUCACAUGAAACACAUCCUCACAGGGUGCUACUUAGGUCACUAGCUCACUACUCAUUCCCUCAGAGCGAGACUGUAUGAGAAGCAGGAGUGCAUGAAUCCCUUGUCUCUGUUUUUCUCCACCUCUCUCCCUCCCAUCUCUCCCUUCCAUCUCCUGAUCUCACAAUGUGUCUUAGUUCUGCAAUCUUCUGACAAGGAGCUACAAGCUCUGAGUGGGAGCUGGUCUUAACAUUGCAGUGACGAGCCAGUGCUCUUGCAGAGAAUGGAGGAAGAGGGCAGUGAAAAUGUCUGCCAUCUGGAGAGAAGAACGCGCAGGAGAAGGGAUCUGAAGGCAGUACUGCGGAAAAAACUGAGCAGCAGCUUCUCCUGCUCAGCUAAAAAGCUGAAAAGCAAUGUCACAGGCUUCUUUCCUGUGGUCCAGUGGCUGCCCAAAUACAAAUUUAAGGAGUAUGUCUGGGGUGAUGUCAUGUCAGGCCUCAUCGUGGGGAUUAUCCUUGUUCCCCAGGCAAUAGCCUACUGUCUUUUGGCUGGGCUUCAGCCAAUCUAUGGCUUGUAUACUUCCUUUUUUGCUAACAUCAUUUAUUUCUUCAUGGGGACCUCUCGGCACGUGUCUGUGGGAAUAUUCAGCCUGAUGAGCCUCAUGGUUGGUCAGGUUGUGGACCGAGAGAUGUAUCUGGCUGGGUUUGAUCUGAGUGAGGACAACAAGGCAGACACUCUGAACUCUGGAGACGUAUGGAACAGUAGUGGUACCUCUAAUGUCUCUGCCAUUAACUUAACCCUGGGGGAUUUAAGCAUGGAAUGUGGGAAAGAGUGUUAUGCCAUCAGCAUUGCUGCGGCCUUGACAUUUCUAGCUGGAGUUUACCAGGUGCUGAUGGCUGUCUUCCAGCUGGGCUUUGUUUCAGUGUAUCUAUCUGCACCAAUGCUGGAUGGCUUUGCUACCGGUGCCUCACUCACAAUUCUCACUGUGCAGGCCAAAUACCUACUGGGUCUCAAGAUCCCACGCCACCAGGGAUUUGGCACUGUAAUCGUCACCUGGAUCAAUAUCUUUAAGAAUAUCCACAAGACAAACUUCUGUGAUAUGAUCACUAGUGCCAUCUGCAUCGCAGUGCUGGUGGGAGCAAAGGAGCUUGGCGAGCGCUACAAGGACCGCCUGAAGAUCCCUUUACCAACUGAGCUGGUGGUGGUGACGGUGGCGACGCUGGUGUCCCAUUUUACCGAUCUCAACGGAUUGUAUGGCUCCAGUAUCUCAGGGGCAAUUCCAACAGGUUUCAUUCCCCCAAAGGUGCCUAGUUUUGAGCUGAUGCCAAGGGUGGCGUAUGAUGCCAUUCCUCUUGCCGUGAUCAGCUUUGCAUUCACAGUUUCACUCUCUGAGAUGUUUGCCAAGAAGAAUGGCUACACAGUCAGACCAAACCAAGAGAUGAUGGCCAUAGGGUUUUGCAACAUCAUACCAUCCUUCUUCCACUGCUUCACCACCAGCGCGGCUUUGGCCAAAACCAUGGUGAAAGACUCCACCGGCUGCCAAACACAGGUUUCCAGCAUUAUUAGUGCUUUGGUUGUCCUUCUGAUCCUCCUAGUCUUUGCACCUCUCUUCUACUCCCUGCAGAAGUGUGUUCUGGCCUGCAUUAUCAUUGUCAGCUUGAGAGGUGCCCUGCGCAAGUUCCGGGAUGUGCCCAAGCAAUGGCACCUUAACAAGGUGGAUGCCAUUGUCUGGUCCAUCACCAUGCUAUCAUCAGCUCUGAUCAGUGUGGAAAUGGGACUGCUGGUUGGAGUCAUCUUCUCCAUGCUCUGCAUAUUGGUACGGACGCAGGUUCCCCAAGUGGCCAUUCUGAGCCAGAUCCAAGACACUGUCUUCUAUGAAGACAGUGGAGAGUACGAUAACCUUCUGGUAGUGCCAAAAGUGAAGAUUUUCCGCUUCCAGGCACCAUUGUACUACGCAAACAAGGAUUUUUUCCUGAAGUCACUGUACAAGGCUGUGGGGCUGGAGCCCUUCCUAGAGGUUACUAAGAGGAGGAAAGCAGAGAAAAAGGCCAAAGAGUUGGCUAACAAGCAGGUCACGGUAAACUGCUUAGAAAAAAACAAUGGAGAUGUCACUACCAGCUUAGUUUCCCAAGAGCUGGACUUUCACACUAUUAUCUUAGACUGCUGUUCUAUUCCAUUCUUGGAUAGCACAGGGAUUGUAACCUUUAAGGGAGUUCUCAAAGAGUACAAAGAAGUUGGUGUUAGCAUCAUCCUAGCCUGCUGUAAUCCUUCUGUGAUAGAUUCUUUAAAACGGGGGGGCUUCUUUGGGACAGAUGACAAAGAUAUCAGCAACUUGUCAUUUUAUUCAGUUCAUAGUGCUGUUCUCUUUGCUAACAGCAGAGAACCUGCAGUCAGUCAAUCAGUCGUGUAGUACUGCCAGUAAGGGAAAUGGUGUGUAUAAACAGGAGUUCCAAAUGAUCUAUGUGUGAACAACACUCAAUGCAACUGAUGAGGUUAAUAUUCACCCAAGAUGCAGGAGAAAACAUAACAAAAGCACAUGAAAGCCUUUGUUGCAUACUUCUUUAUAUCAGAAUUAUUUUCCUCCCAUUGAUUACAAAGUUGAUACAAAAUAAUUAAUUGUAUGUACCCUUUUAGAAACUACUGAAUAAUUUUACUUUAUUUCUGAGCAUCAACUCAUUUUAAUUAAUAAUUAUUUCUAAUUAAUAUUUUUUUCUGAUGAAUAAUUUGUGAAAUGUUACCAUCAAGUUGACGAAGAAUCUUGGCUUAGAGUAGCAAUCAAAAUAAAGUAAAGCAUGCAAAGCACCUCAAGACAAACUCAUAAAAAGGACUGCUACCAGUUUUUUACACUCUGCCCUUUAUCUUAACACUCAGAAGCCAGGGAAAUUACAAAACUUAACCAUAAUGCCUUAUCUGUUGACACAGAGCCAGAGCCUCUUCUUAAAUGUCAGUACUAAAUCCUACAGUGGAUUGGUUAUCUUUGGCACUAUCUUUGUAUCAUAGGUUAGAAUAUCUGAGAGCAGGGGGUGCCAGAGGUUUCAUAGCAAUCUGGGCAUUAAUCUGCAAGUUUUGUUUUUUGUACUUUUUCAUUUUAGUUUGAGAGUAUACCAGGACAGACAAGAAUGGCAAUAAAACUUAGAUCAUCAACUUAGAGUCUCCAGGAACUACAGUAAAUCAGAGGAGAUACAACCAUUUUCUCAUCAGCCAAAGCCCCUAUCAGGUUUCAGUGAAUGAGUCUGUAUUAUACACAACAUGUCAGACACAUAUUUUAUCAUAUACAAAAUGCACUGCUUUUAAAUCCCAAUAAAAUAAAGAAUAUCUGUAAAAAGUUGAAAAAAAAACGAAAAUGUUUGAAGCUCCUUUCAAGCAAAGUUAUCACAGUUUCUGCUGUAUUUAUGAAAGAGACACAAGGAUUCCGGAAUAAAAGCACAACAUUCACAGAACUACGAACAGA